AUGUCGCGCCGUCUUUUCGCCUGUUUCGGCGUCAAGAAAUCUUCAUCCUCCACGAGUAAAGCUGUCUCCGGAAAUAAUUCCGCCGCCGUCUCCGCAGACGUUCCUGUCGGCGACGGACCCGUUCUUGUCCAGCUAUUCUCGUCGCAGGGAUGCGAAACGUCUCCGGCGGCGGAGAUGCUGAUGUCUCGGCUCGGGAGAGGCGAUUUCGACGACCAGAUCCGUGGAGACGGUGGAUCUAAAUCUCCGGCGAUGGUUCUGGUCUUCCACGUAGAUUAUUGGGACUACAAAGGGUGGAAGGAUCCGUACGGAUCCAGCCAAUGGACGGUGAGGCAGAAGGCAUACGUGGAGGCGUUGAAUCAGGACACGAUGUUCACUCCGCAGCUUGUAGUCCAAGGCAGGUCUCAAUUGAUCGGAAACGAGGAGGAGACACUGCUCAAAGCUAUCUCGGAAGCUCCUAGGUUUCCUUCUCCGUCGUUCCGGGCAUUACGGGAAGCGUUAGCACAAUCUGAGUCGCAUGAUUUACACAACACUAUAUCCCCGAUGAGACCAAUCGGCACUGUACAGUCUUGCUUUUCUACAAGGAACGGUACACCGAGGCAGCCAUUGCUUGUGUCGCUUGCGAGGGCAUGUUUGAUCUUUAAUCCGGCUUUGGUUCCUCAUGCGUCUCUUGAGGGUCUCGGAGAGUAUUCUCACUGCUGGAUAAUAUACGUGUUUCAUCUCAACACUGAUAUCGAGAAGCUAUGGAGAAAGCCAUCUCAGUCUAAGCUCAAGGCAAAGGUGAGAGAGCCAAGGCUAAAUCGGGAACGACAAGGAGUCUUUGGUACUAGGUCUCCUCAUCGACCUUGUCCCAUUGGACUCACACCGUUGCGAAGGUUAACUUUUGUUGGUCAGCCGGUGCUUGACAUCAAGCCUUAUUUACCAUACCCGGACAGCAUUCAAGAAGCCACAGUACCAAACGGGGUAAAGGAAGACUGCUUAUUCGCUGUGGCUUCUGUGAGUUUCUCAGAGACCUUCUGCUCCUCCACCACCAGCCGCUGGAAACUGAUAGAAAAGAAGUCUCUGUAUAGUUCAGCGGAUGAGUUCAAGAGCUUGAUUACGCAGGUCCUGUCAUGGGACAUACGAUCAAUGUCGCAGCGGAACAAGCCACAAGACACAUCAGAUGCAGAGAACAUCGUUUGUCACUUGGUUCUGGAGGGACUAGACGUGUCUUACAUGAUAGAUAAUGAAAGUAGUAACAUCCUUGUCCAAGAUGUUUCUCUCCCCAAUAACCUUGAAGAUGUUGCAGGAACCUGA